UGUUUAUUGUUUUGACGCUAGAACGCCCACAGAAUCUUGCAUUUGGGUUGGAGCCUUCGAGAUCUCGACUUCAAUCGGUUUGGUGAAGCAUUAGUGUGACUAACUUUGAACUAGUUCGACGCUCAUUUGAACAUCGAAAGACCAUGGCUUUAUCUGGCCGAUGUAGCAUGGCGCUGCUAGCACUGAUGACAUUCAUCGUGUUUUCAGUGGCCGCUGUACUCUUUUAUCUCGGAAAGUACAACGAUAAAAGCCCUAUGACGGAUUUCUACAACCACUCUGUUCCUCUAUACGGGUACGAGAAGUUUCGCCUUGAGAUCACACCCUGUUGGUGGACUUGGUGGGUUUGGGUUGCCGUAUUUGGAUGGCAACUACAAUGGAUCUUCUAUUCUUUCAUUCUUCCUUGCCGCAAGCAUCCACCAAGGGUCUUCUCUAUGUCUUUCUUCAUCAUCGUAUCGCUUGGAUUCGGAUUGAUCGCUGGAUGGGUGCUGUUAUGGGCCCGAGAGUUUAUCGAGGCGGCAUUUGGACUAAUGGCAGGCGCGUCCUUGUGCAUGUACAUCUCGCUGGCAAUCAUCUUCUAUCGAGCGAAAGAUCUCUACGAGACGACGAAGCGGUUCCCGAACGGAGAUCACUUGGCGAUCCAACUUUUCCUCAUCAACGGCCUGGCUCUGUUCGCUUCGUGGACAACGUACUCCGCUUUUCUUCACCUCGGAAUUGUUUUCCGCUAUUCCGUCAAGAUGGAUGACCACAUUGCGACCACCAUCGUCCUUGCUGGUCUCUCGGCCGUCCUCUUYUUCUGGUUUAUGCUCGACAACUUCGUUUUCCACGACUACACCAUUUAUACUUUCACCGUGUAUCCUGUAAUGCUUGUCGCUUUUACCGGUACGUUUGCAGUGUUCUGGGAUAAAAAUGAGCGUAACUCGAUCUUCAAUGUCGUCUUGCUAGGAGUCUCUGGCCUUCUCGCUAUCCUGAAAAUUAUUUUCAUGAUUUGUAGAACUUGUUUGAGAAGAAAGAGGCAACGUUCACACGUCGUGACGGAGGAACAAUAUGACAUGAAUAUCUACUAAGCCACGAAUAUAACACCGUGGGAAAAACACCGAAACCCAGGCCGGAGCGUUUAUUUUCAGCGCUUCAAAAACGAGAAGUUGGAAGCGAUUGCUUAGGAAGUUCAUCGUUUUAUUGAAGUGACAAUUUUUGUUGAUAAACUGUAAAGAAAACAAACAUCGACUCGUUCAGACAAGCGCUAUGAAUAUUCAGAUACUGCAUUAUUUCUGCACGAUUUCUUAUUUCCAAAAACAAUUCCAUGACGUUAUCAAUUUAUUUAUCAAGAAGAAUAUUUCUUUUCACCUAAAAAUGCACAUUGUUUUAGAACGCUGAACUAUUUGACAUUCCAAACGUUAAGUCUUGUGAAAAUAGUCGAAGAAUUAUAUACGCCGUCUUGUGUCAAACUCCGAUAUAAAUAUGACAUGCAAUGCAUGUCUGAUCUCGACAUUGCUAAUAAUAAUCCAGUAUUUAGACCUUCACUAUGUCAAAGUUCCUGUCUCUACUAAAAUUUCUAAGAGUUUCUAGGAUAAUGUUUGAAAUAUUUGUAUCUUUGGCUUGGUAAAUAUUGAUUCAAAAGUCCAUUCUCAGGACGUUAGGUAGCCGUUGAACUAGUGUUGUUUGCGCAGGAUAUGCAACAGUGGUUUGAGGGAGGUACACUGCUUGAGGUCGACGAGGAAGAGUAUCUGAGAGACGUGAUUCCGUGCCAAAUUAACAGCCAUUAAUUCAAAAAGUUAUUGUUUAGAAAAACAAAAUUGGCAAGACUUUGAACACCGUUUUAGAACACGAUGGUGAUACCAAAACAUCUCGCAGUUGCUUGCGUCUUUGCACAAGGUAAAAUAGAAUCCGAACGAAAAGUACUCCAAAAAAAUCCACUAUUGAUCAGAUUGUAAAGUAAACCUUGUUGAUUACGUCAAGAGCUUUCUCGGUCGAUAAAUUGUGGCUUAUUCUCGAACGGUUGACUUAGCUUGCUUUGUAUCAAUACCUCAAAUUACUAGCUAACGACUCGUAAAUAGAUUAGACCCUAGGAAACGAAUAGAAAGAGAUAGARGAUUGUCCUUAUUAAGUCAAUAAACCGACAAUAAAAAUAACUAACUCUG